ACCUCUUAUAAUCUCACGCAUCGAUUUUCAAUUUUCUCAAAAGUUCAUCUAUGUCUUAUAAGAAUUACUAUUACAAAAGCCUAUCUACCUAAGUAAAUGGAGCCCUAGGGCAGCUAUAUUAGGCGCUUGCUUUAUUAUAAUUAUUUUAUUAUUUACUUAUUUGAUGCAUAAAAGUUUACUUAAGAAUCCACUGUACACAUAAGAACCGAAACGAAGAUAUCCACUGGUGAACCAACAAAAUCAUCUGAUGUUGAUGCUGCUUGUGAUCCUGAAGAUGAUACACGAGCCAAAGUGUGUGGCAAAAGAGAUUUGUGCAUAACAAUGAAUAACGAAAUGACACCAGUUGAACCUACAUAUACUUACUACUAUAACAAGAACGUAACAAUAGAAUGUCAUUAUAAUGGAAGACUAUCGUUUUUUGUAGACGAUUUUUCAUUAAGCUGGAAGAAAGGUAAAGACGUACUCAGCACAGUGGCAUGUAGAAAUCUACAACGGUUUAUACAACUCUCACCAGAUACUAACAAUACGGUGUACACUUGUAUGAAAGAUGAUACAUCUUCACGUGAAAUCUCUAGCACAGCGAAGAUUACAUUCAUUUAUGAAAGGCCGAAACCAAAAAAAGGGGAAUAUAACGCUAGCAUAACUGUAACUGUAAACGACGGUACCCCGGUAGGGGAAGUAGCGUCCUCGUCUUCGGCAGUUAAAAUCACUAACGCAGAAGGCGCCCUUUAUUACUACUUCGACCAUGAAAUAGUCAACGUGACAUGUAGCAUGGUCAGUAGUGCCGAGAACACCAAAACAUUUUUGCUGAAGAUGUUAUAUUCAGAUGAUACUAAAAAAAAACUCUUAGAUGAGAAAUGUUUUGAUGGCAGUAAUAAUCGUGAUAUGCAAGUUUCGAUUACGCAGGAGCUAACUGCUUUCAUGACCGGAAUUUGCUACAAAUGCAGUCUUUUGAUUGGAGAAAAUGCUAAAGACAAAACGUGCGUCACGGUACAAAAGAGAAACAUCUUUAGUCUUAAAUUUAAGUUGGCAAAACUUAAAAUGCACAUUGGUAAUAUCAUUGGACAAGAAGAGGAUACUAAAAACGGACGUGAAGUAGUUCACACAUACAACGAAGAAAACGUAAAUCUAACCGCGAGAUGUUCACACGAUGACGAAGUACAUACAUAUCGUAAAAUAUCACCUGUUCCGAUAUUAUGGAAAACUGAAGACCUUGAUAGUACUUACAAGGAUAAUACAAUAAAAUAUUAUCAUACAUAUAAUGAUACAAUAGUAAUACCACUAUCUGCUGAUCAAAGUAAUUCCUACAUAGAUUGCGUGGAAAAUUUGGGAAAUCAAGUUUCUUUUAAUACAACCAACCCACCCAACUCCAUUCGAUUAAGGUUUAUUUACGCAAAACUUAGAAUAUACAUCAAUAAUAACGCUGGAGAAGAAGAUGGUAAAGAAACUAUUUAUGAUAAAGAAGUAAUUCAUAAAUACAAGCAAGAAAACGCAAUCGUAAUAGCGAGAUGUUCACACGCAGAAGAAUUCUACCGUAGUCGUCCUAACAAUAAUAUGUCAUAUACUCCGAUAUUAUGGAAAACUGAGAAGCUUGAUGGUAUCUUUGAGAGUUUAGACCAAAAUUCAUUAAAAAUAACCCUAUUUGCUGGUCGAAAUGAAUCCUACAUAGAUUGCGAGGACAAUAUGUUUGUAACUUCUAAACAAAACUCCAAAAUUCGACUCAGAUUUAUUUAUGAAAAUGAUGUCGAAGUUAACGAGUGUGAUCUUGAAGAUGCGGAACGAGCCAAGAUAUGUGACCAAAAAAGGUUGUGCAUAACUAUCAAUGACAAAGUAGUUAAAUCUUACAACUAUAGUAAGACGAUGGACGUAACAGUAGAAUGUCAUUAUAGUGAAACGGUUAGCAAACCUUUAAAAGAUGAUUUUUCAAUACAUUGGAAGAAAGGUGAACAGGUCAUAAGCAAUGAAGAGAAGUGUAGAAAUCUAAAAAAAGUUAUACAACUGUCACCAGACACUAACAACACAGUUUAUACUUGUGAAAAAUAUUCCAAGUCCCAACCUCCCAUUGAUAACGUCACACAGACCAUUACAUUCCUUUACUUUCCGGAUGUAGUAUCUAAUCCUAUGAAUGCAGAGGAACAGACGAGCGAUGAAAAUCUUACUUUAAACGAGCGAAUGAAGAUAUUUUUCGAGUCCAACUGGAUUGUAUUGGUUACUGGACUUAUUGUCUUCAUUGUUGUAGUAGUGGUCAUAGUGGCCACAUGUGUUGUAUUAAAAUCGAAGAACAGUCCUAAAGAGGACAAAACACGCCUCAACCCAAAAGGGUCUACAGAAAGUUUGGAUGACAUUCCUAAAAUUCAAAAUAAAAUGCGUUCGGAACCCAAACUGAACGACCUAUAUACUGAACUCAACGAUGAUACCUCCACAGAAGUGUAUUGCGACCCGUACACAGCAAUGUACACUCAGCCUAUACCAAAAAGCGCAAGAAAACCUAAAAUCAUACCUAAACCUUUACCUAGAAAAACAGAAAAUUAUUCGAACACAUCAGGACUCGAGUACGAUGAGCCAUCGAUGUACAAUAAUGUUGCAAACAAUACCAGGCGAAUUUACAAUAACGGUCCAGGGAAAACGGGGCCGAAUUACUAUAACAUUGACAAAAGUACCAAGAAUAUUGGGGCAACUUACAAUAACAUUGACAAAAGUGCCAAGAAUAUUGGGGCAACUUACAAUAACAUUGACAAAAGUGCCAAGAAUACUGGGGCAACUUACAAUAACAUUGACAAAAGUGCCAAGAAUACUGGGGCAACUUACAAUAACAUUGCUCAAGUUUUGAAGAACACCAAACGCGUUCAUAUUUACGACAAUACGGCGGCAAGUUAUACCAACACAGGGAACGAGAAAUAUAGUUCUGAUGUGUAUAGCGAACCGGAGCUGUAUGAGAUCCCGUCCUAAAUGUCUAACAGCCCAACUGUUACCGUUGUUUAGCGGGUGAAUAGGUAUACAUUUUUC